CCCGGGAGCUGUGGACUAGGAGGCGGAUGGAGUCGGAGUCGCAGAUGCCUCGGGGUCUCCGGGACAGGAACCCCCAGUGCUCCAUUCCUUUUCUGUGAGGGGAUCACAGCUGAUGGAAUGGCUACCACACUAGAUUUGAAGUCAAAGGAGGAGAAAGACGCUGAGCUGGACAAGAGGAUCGAGGCUCUGCAUAGGAAGAAUGAGGCUCUCAUCCAGCGCUACCAGGAGAUGGAGGAAGACCGGAAAAAAGCUGAAUUAGAGGGAGUGGCAGUGACAGCUCCCCGGAAAAGCCGUUCCAUGGAGAAGGAGAAUGUGGCAGUGGAGAAGAGCCUGGGUCCCUCUCGGAGGACUCCUGGGACUCCCCGGCCCUCAGAAGCCAACAGAGGGGGCCAGACCCACCCCCAGCAGGGAGGCCGUGCAGGAGUAAGCCGGGCAUCCCGAGGCUGGGAGAAUGGUGCUGGGGAGCAACUUCGAGGAGGAACUGGAAGCCGGGGCCGGAGAGGCCGGGGCCGGGGAUCCCCUCAUCUCCUAGUGGCAGGAGACAACUCAACCUCUGAGCGCAAGUCCAAGGAGUGGGAGAAGCGACGCCGGCAGAACAUUGAGAAGAUGAAUGAGGAGAUGGAGAAGAUCGCUGAGUACGAGCGCAACCAGCGGGAAGGAGUACUGGAGCCCAACCCAGUAGGCAACUUCCUGGAUGAUCCCUGGCGUCGGGGUGGACCCCUGGAGGAGCCUGAGAGGGAUCGCCGGGAGGGCAGCCGCUGGCAAGGCCGCAACUGGGGAGGUUCCGACUUCGACAGGGUAUGCUCUGGCUUGGAACAUGAGAGACAGGGCCGCAGGGCUGGCCUGGGCUGUGGGGGCGACAUGACAAUGUCCAUGACCGGCCGAGAGCGGUCAGAGUACCUGCGCUGGAAGCAGGAGAGGGAGAAGAUCGACCAAGAGCGCCUGCAGCGACACCGUAAGCCGACUGGGCAGUGGCGGCGGGAAUGGGAUGCCGAGAAGACCGAUGGCAUGUUCAAGGAUGAGCCAGCUCCUACCCACGAACUGUCCCACCGCUAUGAUGACCAAACUUGGGCAAGGUCCCCUAAGCCCCCCACUUUUGGAGAGUUCCUUUCUCAGCACAAAGCAGAAGCCAAGAGUCCCAGGAGGAGAAAGAACAGCCGAUCCCAGGACAAGGUGGCCCCUCAUGCCUAUAGUGACCAUGAUAAUCGCUGGGAAACAAAAGAGGAAGCUGUGUCCUCAGCCCCUGAGUCCUCUCAAUCCUUGUCCCUGGAGGAGACACCCACACAGACUCCAGAGACCCCAGCCCCAGCCCCAGCCCACCGGCCUCCUGAAGAGGAUGGUGAGGAAGAGGAGGGGGAAGAGGAGGGAGAAGAGGAGAGGGAAGAUGAUGAGGAUGAAGAAUGGGAGGAUGUGUGUGAAGACAUCACUGAGGAGGAGGAGGAAGAGGAAGAAGAGGAGUUUGAGGAGGAGGAAGAGUGUCCUAAGGAGCAGGAGCCCCCAGCUGUUCCUGAUCACCAUCCUGGAGAGGCUGAGCCAGCUGGGAAGCCCACCUGUGAGCAGGCGGACCCUGCACCUGCCAGGCCCCAGGAGUCAUUGUCCCCAGUCCCUGUUGAACCUCCCAGCCCCUUGUCGCCCACUGGGGACCACCAGCCUGUGUCUGACUGGGGUGAGGAGAUGGAAUUGAAUUCACCCAGCACUCUGCGGGUGAGGCCUGGCCUUUUGGGAAUGUGUGAAACCAGCUGUGUGUGGGUGGGUGUGUGUGUGUGCAUGUGUGCGCUCAUGCUUCUGUGAGCUCACAAGGGUGUGGCUGUGCUCACACCUCCCUCAAGCUCUGUGGCAGGGAAGGGCAAUUGGUGGCUACUCCAUGCCUUAACCCAUUUCCUAGAGCCUGCUCUUGCGGGUUCAGAGACUCUCUCCAAUAAAAAGUUCAUUUCCUUAAAAAAAAAUAUAAUCAGGCUGGAAGAGAUAUAUAGAGAGAGUAAGCGGAGUCAGUGAG